UGGGUCGACCUAGGUAUGGAGCGCUUUAAACGAUCGAACAGGCACGUACAUAUGUCUUAGCCGUGGACAGAAUAUAGCGAGAAUGUCACAGUUUUUCAGCGAUACAAUUUAAUUUAGCUGUAUUAUAAAAUGCCUGGAUGCAAAUACAUUGUUCAUAGCCCGAAGUGGCGAUAGCCCAAUUGAAAGGCAGAAACUAGGGUCGCCAUAACGACGCGAAAACAAUGAGAAACAAACAUCUAUGUUUAUCUAGAAGCAGCUCUCAUGCCGUGAGCCAUGCACAUAUAUAUUAGCAGUACACGCGACAGUAACAAGUCGUUUAAGUUGUAGGGAAUAUCACAUACCAUCUUAACAAUUGUGAAUCGUGAAAUUGUAUAUAUAUAUAGGUGUAUAGCUACAAUUGUAGGUCUUAUAGGUUACUGAAGUGUGGAUCUGGUUUCUUAUUUUUGAGAAACCACUUGAAGAAUUUGAAGAGAUUCUGUGAAAAAAAUUCAGAAGGAUUUUGUCACAAACUUCUUUUGAACAUUAUGGGGUGUAGCAACAGUACCGCGGGAGGUGAUCCGAACAGCGCACCCUCAUCAAGUGAACAAGGACAGGCUCGUGAAAACGGUGUGAACAAAUCCGAGGAACCCCAAAAACCACAGGCUCCGCAACAAGAAGAAAGUGCGGGAAAACCAGCAGACGACACCCAGCAACAGGCGACAGAAACUGGACAAGCCAAAGAGGAACAAAAAGCCGAUGAAGUGACUGAACAAACACAGAAUACUGCCCCCGAGACUCAGACAGACGAAACAGCUGGACAGACACAAGAGACGACCCAGAAUGAACAGAGCCAACAGGAGCAAGCAUAGAGUCCGAGGGAGUCCGAGAGUCUGUAGCGCAGAGUGAAAGAUGUCACAAUUGUCACAUUUAUUAGAGGAAAAUGUGAUGAGAAGGAGGAGGAGGAGGAGAGGAGGAGGAUAGAGAAUUACAUGAUCAGUUCCGUCCAGUUACUACGCAAAAUGGAUCAUUGAUAUAUACAUGCAUUAUUUAUUUUUAUAAAAAUCCUACUUAUUUAUGCUCGCGCUCGUAAUGGUUAUGGAAUGAUAACAGUGUUACGUUGCAUUUGCCCAAGUUCACAUUCCCGAAAAAAAAAACGCUCUUUCUAGCAAAGGCAAACUCCUCAUUAUACGUUCAUGUUGAAUAUCUUAAGAUAAGGACUAAAAUCAUUCAAGAACAUUUGUGAAACUGGGCCAGGUCGUUAUGGGAAAGGAAUUGUUAGUAAAAGUGAGAAUAUGUUUAUCACCACUUCUGACUGGAUGGUUUAAAAACAAAUUUAUAUUUGAAAAAAAAUCUCUACAUACUGUGUGUACUAUAUUGUUAAAAUUAUAGUGACUAUAAAAAAAUCAUGAAACUUUUUUCUUUAAUUUGUGAUAGUCAUCAUUUGUUCUAUCAAAAUUCAAUAAUGGAUUUGCGAAAUUAAAAACUGUUAUAUCCAGGUAGCCAUGAAAUUGCAUGCAUGUUGAAAUUGCCUGUAAUAUAGUGUUAGCCAUACUGAGUUUUGGGAAUAUGAAAAUAUCCUUUACCUUCGAUAAAAGCAACUGACGUAAAAUUCAUUUCAUGAAACACAUAGGUUCCACCUUGUAUACAUGUCCAUCAAAGUUAUCUCCCUUGUGCAAGACUUUAAACCGUCUCAUCAAGAACACAUGGCUUAUUUGAAUAUUUUCGAUUGAUUUUUAUGAAAAAUAACACUCAACUAAAAAGCAAGACAUUUCAGCAUUUAGAUUAUUUAUCUCUCUUUUUUGUGAUAGACAAUAACAAAAAUCUGCAUCGACAAGCAGUAGUUGCUUUCGUGCCUAUCUAUUUGCUCAGGAUUUGUUUACAUAAACUGCGUAUCAUAAUUGUACUAAUAUAAAAAAAAAACUUAUAUUGAAUGCGACAGAUCCAAGUCCUUUAUGUAAUUAUCUGUAAUUCAUUAAGACAUAAAAGAAUCAAGGGCCAUAUCCUAACGUUAAAAGGUUUAUUUUUAUUAAGAUAAUGAGCAUUUUUCUUAAUUUGUAGGUAAUGCUCCGUGAUUUGUAUCUUUCUUGAUAUGUAUGUAUGUUAAGCAAUGCUUUAAAUCAUGAAUAUGAUAAUAACAUCUAUAUAAAAUGCCUUUUUGUUACUUUAAUUUGUUCCUUCUUAAGUCAAUUAGUUUAGAUCACAGAAAAUGUUAUUGGAUUUAUAAUUAUCGUACAUAUUUAUAAUUAGUUACUUUAAAACAUUAGUUGGGGACGGGGGAAAUGUUGUUAAUUGUUAAUUAGAUAAGGAUUUACUGUAUCCCUAGAUGUUAUGUUUUACACAUGUAGCUGUGAUAUGACUAAUAUGAACCAGCAGUAUUUGGAAUGAAAAUUAUUUGUAAAGCGAUAUAAAUAAAUUAUUGACUCUAAAA